CAUGCCAACAAACACAACCCUAUAUCUCAUGACCGCUCCCUACAAAAUCAGCAACAGCAAUAACAACAAACACUUGUAUUGCUCCUCCUCAACUACUUCCUCGGAAUUCCUAUCACCUCGACAUGAUGAACCCUGAAAUUAAUCAAACUACCUUUUCCUCCGGCGAACUCGCCAAUGGUGGCAGUUUCCGGCAAUCCUUCUUCAUGCCGGAGAUUCGUGCGAUAGAACUCUUCCUCUCUAUCGCCAUUUUCAUUGCCAUACACUCUCUUAGGCAACGAAAACAACAUGGCUUACCAGUUUGGCCGAUCAUCGGCAUGUUGCCUUCAUUGCUCUUAGCUCUUCGUGGUGACAUUUACGAUUGGAUCUCCGGCGUAUUGUGCCGUACCAACGGCACCUUUAAGUUUAAGGGUCCUUGGUUUACAACCUUAAACGCCGUGAUAACCAGUGACCCACGUAACUUAGAGCACCUUCUCAAGAGAAACUUCUCCAAUUUUCCUAAAGGUCCUUAUUUCCGCUACGCCAUGAGAGAUUUCCUCGGCGACGGAAUCUUUAACGCCGACGACGAUGUAUGGCGGCAGCAACGGAAGGCGGCGAGUCUCGAGUUCCAUUCUGCCAAGUUUCGAAACUUGACGAGCUAUUCAUUGUUGGAACUCGUUCAUUCUCGUCUCUUGCCUGUUCUUGAGGAUUCUAUCAAACAUUCUAUCCCUAUAGACCUUCAAGAUGUUCUCUUGAGGCUCACAUUUGAUAAUGUUUGCAUGAUAGCCUUUGGUGCCGACCCAGGUUGCCUGAGACAUGGCUUGCCGGAGAUUCCAUUUGCUCAAGCUUUUGAAGAUGCAACUGAGAUUACUACCCUAAGAUUUGUGACACCCAAGACUCUAUGGAAAGUUAUGAGGUUUCUCAACUUGGGACCAGAGAAGAAGCUCAAGAAAUCCAUUAAGGAAGUUGAUGAGUUUGCUAAUAAGGUGAUUAGUGAUAGAAAGAAAGAGCUUUCUUUGUAUGAUGAAGGAAAUAACCCAAAAUCAGACCUUUUAACAGCCUUCAUGGGCUUAAAAGAUGAUGAAGGGAAACCCUAUUCAGACAAGUUCUUGCGUGAUAUAUGUGUAAACUUCAUUCUCGCCGGCCGGGAUACGUCGUCGGUUGCGUUAAGCUGGUUUUUCUGGCUGCUUGAGAAGAAUCCAGCGGUGGAAGACAAAAUUCUAGCCGAGAUUUACAGCAUAGUCGGCAAGAGGAGCGAGUCUGAUAAGGGUGAAGAUAGGGAUUCUAUUGUGUUCAAGCCAGAGGAAGUGAAGAAGAUGGAGUACUUACAAGCAGCUCUAUCAGAAACUCUCAGGUUGUACCCUUCUGUGCCGGUGGAUCAAAAGGAGGUUAUUGAAGAUGAAGUGUUCCCCAAUGGAACCGUGAUGCCAAAAGGAGAGAAGGUGAUCUAUGCUAUGUAUGCAAUGGGAAGAAUGAAAAGCAUAUGGGGAAAGGAUUGCAGAGAGUUUAAACCCGAAAGAUGGAUGAAAGAUGGGCGAUAUAUAAACGAAUCGGCAUAUAAAUUCACCGCCUUCAACGGGGGGCCAAGGCUCUGCUUAGGGAAGGAUUUUGCUUAUUAUCAGAUGAAAUUUGUUGCCUCAUCAAUGAUCUACCGUUAUCAGGUUAAGGUGGUGGAGAAUUACCCUGUGGUUCCAAAGUUUGCACUGACUAUGUACAUGAAAUAUGGGUUGAAGGUGAUGAUAAGCAAGCGUGAUUAAUCUUGUUAUUAAUUAAGCUCGGAAUGUUAAGAUGUGCCUAAAGGUCUAAUAAUGAUAAAUGUAUGAAAAAGAUUAAUAAGUGGUAUUCUUAUGAGCUUUGUGAAGCAUUUAUAAGAAUAAUAGAUGAGAGAGGUAGUUGUGUUUAGUCAUCUGUUAGGCUGUCACAGUCAUCUGUUUGACUGCUUGACAAGAAAUAACGAAGGAUGUUGUCAUUUUCAUUAUUAUUAAUUAAUAAUUGAAUGUGAUCUCUCUCUC